UAAUUCCCCGGUCAUGGUUGACGGCCAUCGAGUGAAAUCACUCAGAAGUGAAGAUGUAUCUGUGUAUUUAAAGACUUUCACGGACGCGUACCGGAGUCUAAUUGCUGGCCAGUAAAUUAUGUAAAUUUCCACACAUGAAGCGUUUAUACCUAUAAACACAGAAACGAAACUAGUUUCAAACAGUUUGUGUUGCGCUUUGGCGGGAGCACAGUAUUUGAAAAUAAUUUGUAGAUUUAGUGGCACUCUAUAAAUAAAACGAGAACGAGUUUGAUCGAACUUUCAUUUACGAUAUGAUGACUAAACCUUGCGGCUAAUGUGUUACUUGCUAUAAUUUAUUGCGGCUACAGUCAUUAUCAAGUGUAGUGUAGUUUGUUAUUCGAAAAUUGUAACUAGCAAUGUAUCAGUUUGUGUUUACAACUGGCUUAAAUGGGGACUCGGAAUUUCAUAAGGAUUUGAGCGCAACGAACAAUCUUUGCAAACUAGUGCAAGUAACUGUAAAUGCGUCUUCAGCGGCUAAUUGUGGAAGACGAUGGUGAAAAAUUGCUACGUCUUUUUUAUUUUAGUGGUGCUUGCGGUAACGGUGUAUAUUGCAGAGACGCGACCUCAAUUUAAAGAGUCGCUUGAAGCCAUCUCCAAAGUGACUGAAGGGAUUAAUGAUAGCGCUAUCACUUUUAUUAAACAACUAACCGGCGAGGCGUUAAAAGAUGACAAGAAUAAAACUAAAACCAGGAUUUUGUUCCGAGGGGAUUUGCUGGGCGGGGAGUUCGGCGACCAGGACAUAAUAUUUCCCGACACGUACCAAGUGAUUUUCAAUGAUGUUCCGAAAAUCGACGGUCCUCCUAAGUGUGCCGAAGGCAACACUUUUUGUGAGGACUUUGAUUCUUAUCCUUACAACCACGUGAAAAACGUGCUUAAGCGCAAGCGGGUGCAUACUGAUUUAUUCGGCAAGGACGAACCCCUCGAUGAGCGCUACAGCAUCACCAACAGAAACGGCGACUUCGAGGCGUUCAUCUGCACGAGCAUAUCCAAAACGAUUUUCCCCCGAGUUGGCAUCAACAAAAACAACAAGUGGAAGGUCAUAAUCAAUCAAGAGGAAGACGGAUACAUUCAAGGGAUUAGGACGGAAAUUUGCCGAAAGUAAAGGGUUGAAAGUUGAUUUCUGUGUCGGUGACAGAGUGUUGCGGGGAAGGGGCGGCUUGUGACCUCAUCGGCGACAGGGCGAACGGCUACAUAACCAGCUGCAAGCAAAAAUACAUGUUGCGGAGGAUGAUGUCUUUAUCUGAAAAUGGGGAUCCCGUCCCGGACACAUUCCAGUUACCGUCAGCCUGCUGCUGCUCUUACAGGAAGGAUCUGAGUUUUUUGUCCCGAUUUGGCGCCGACGAUGUUUCCUUAAGGUCGAAAGGGAAAGGAAAAUAAAAUAAAGAAUGUGAUAUAAGUUAUGUGAUUGAACUUUUUAUUGUAAAAACGGCAGCGGGAUUAUUUAUUGAAUAAAAUCAUACAGAAGCAAACCACAACCAAUGAACGAACCCUUCUCCCCACCUUUGGCCGAAACCCUAAACCCUUUCAACUUUCCUAAUCACUUAUUUACGAUUCUAUUCAACAUUAUUCUUCGUGGCUGCAAACGUCGAAUGUGGGUGAAGUGUGUUUUCGUCUGUGUUUAUUUUAUGACUAUGGAAGUGGUUAGUUAUUUCUUUUCUCUUUUUCUGGAUUUUCUUAUAGUUUUUUUAGUCAGUAUUCAAGCAAGUCCAGCCUGGCAGAGAAACAAUCACAUCGUUUUUCCGAACUCGCUAGAAGAGCAUGAAACUUUCAUUGCUCCAAAGUGUAGCGGUAACAAAACAUUUUGUGAGGACGUCGGACAUUACCCCAAAAAUAAAUUUAGCGUAAUAUUAGAAAACACCACAUACGGGGAAGAUUAUUUCAUGCCGCAAAGCACCGCCGAGGAAGAAUCUAUCAAAAAUCGAUUGUACGGAGUAACUGAAUAUUACAUCUGCAAUUCUCACGUCCAAACGCAAUAUCCCAAAGUGGCGCAAAACGUCAGAAACGAGUGGAAAUAUGUUUACAAUUUUGAUAACUACAAGCAAGGCGUAAGGACAGAAGAAUGUGUAGCUGAAACAGCUUGCAGAUCAUUCCAGGGAACGCCGCGGGAAGUUAGGACGAAGUGUAUGCAAAAGUACAGCGAUAUGUUGCUGUUGGUUGCCGAUGAAUACGGAAAACCUGUGUGGGAUUUAUUCUGGUUUCCUUCCGCCUGUGUCUGUGCAUACGAACCAAUUAUUAAUUUUAACCGAGUUUAGGAGAGUUUGCUGACAACUAAUUUUCCUUAAAUUGCGAUCAAUAGACGUGUCUUUGAAGCUGAAAUGUUAUACCAUUUCCCGGUACAAUAAAACUUUGAUUCUAUA